AUGGCUCCACCUCCCGCUCCUGGACCUCGCUGUCUCCUCGCUGCUCCGCCGCGACCUCCCCUCCACCUCAAGCCCCUCCUCCUCUCCCUAGUCGACGACCACCUGCUCCCGCCCUCCCCGAGCAGCUCCCCGCCCUCCUCGCCUCCCUCUCUCUCCUUCCCGCUGGACCACCCGCGCCGUGACCACCUCCUCGUCACCGUCGUCUCCGCCUUCGCCUCCGCCCUCUCCGCGCCCGUCUCCAGGGACCACGAGGCCCCGCACCUCGCCGCCCUCGUCGACGCACUCCUCGCCGCCGCCAACCGCCCCAACCACGCGCCCGACCGCGCCGCCCGCGCGCUCGCCUGCGACGCUCUGCGAGCCCUCGACGCCGCGCUACCGGGUCUCCUCGCCGAGGCCCUCGGGCACCUCUACGCGCUCGCCGCCGCGGAACGCUCCCCGGCCGCGCAGUCCUACCUCCUCCUGCUCGCCUCCGCCGCGCGCCACGCCGUGCGCCUCGGGAGGCUCGCCUCCGGCGCCUCCAUCCUGGCGGUGCUCACGCCCGCAGCGGCCAUGGAGAUGAUGGCCAUCCUCGCCGAGGUCGCGUCGGCUGUGCUCCAGUGGGCGCCAGCGAUUGCAGCGCACAUCAAGGUGCAGUUCGGGGGGAUGGUGCAUUCGUCCAGCCCCAUGCUGCUACACUCGCUGCUCACGCUCUUCGUCCAGUUCCCAGAUGCCUUUGGGGCUGAGGAUGAGCGCACAAUGGCACACCGCCUGGCUUUGGCUGCCCGUGAGGUGCACCGUCCACUUGCAGUGCGAUUGCUGGCUUUGCAUUGGCUACUCGGCUCUGUCAGGUUCAGAAAUCUGGUGCCUGGUCUCGCCCGAUGGUUUUACCCUGCCGUGUUCGAUCCCCUCGCGCUCAAGGCCAAGAAACUGGAUUGUCUAGCUUCUGUUGCUGCUGGUGUUGAUGGGGAGAAGGUUGCAGCAGCAGACAGAGCGAGUGACCAAGCAACUGGGCUACUUGACGAUGGCUUGGUUUGCGUCUCCGCCUUCAGGUGGCUCCUAGCAUGGAGUACUGAAACGGGUGUGGCAUUCCGAGCGCUGCACAGUGUCUUGGUUGGUGCUGCUCCUCACAGCACUGACGGCACACGCUGCUCCGGGGCUGGUGAGCUCCUGAAUUCUACUUUCUUCCACCAUUUACAGGCUAUCUUGGUUGAUAUGGCAUCAGAGCAUCAGGGUUUAGUCCCAGUGAUUGCUGAUUUCACCAACCGUCUGCUAGCAUGCAACUCACAUCGGUGGGCUGGGGAGCGAUUGCUCCGGACACUUGACGAGUGUCUGCUUCCAAGGCUUGAGCCAGGCUACCAGCUUGCGUCAUACUACCCUAUUUUUGAGAAGAUUGCACAGAAUGAGACGGUGCCUCAGCACCGCCUAAUAGAAUUGCUCACCAAGCAGAUGGUUUCUCUCACCAAGAAGCAUGGACCAGACACAGAGCUGAAGUCAUGGUCUCAGGGAAGCAAAGUUGUGGGCAUUUGUCGUGUCAUGUUGAAGCACCAUCACAGCUCUCAUAUUUUCCUCCCCCUUUCGCACCUUCUUGUGCUUACUAUCGAGUCCUUCCCAGAUCUGGAGGUCCGGGACCAUGCCAGGAUUUGCUUGCGGAUGUUAUCUUGUGUUCCUGGGAAGAAACUGAGGCAUAUCAUGGGAGUUGGAGAACAACCUUCAGGUGUCACACCUUCUCAUUCUGGUUCCUUGUAUGACAUCCCAUCACCGCGUGCUGCUCAAGAUCUUAAGAGCAUGCCUGAUCUGGCAUCUUACAUUCAUCUUGAAAGGGUUGUGCCUCUAAUUGUGAAGCAAUCGUGGGCCCUCACAUUGCCUAAUUUCAGUGUCCAGAACAGACCAUCUGGUUCCAUUCUAAGUAUACAGGACGUCAGCUCUGCUCCCUCAGAGCAAGAAAAUCCAACAGGACCUACAAUUGAGAGAAUUGGCUAUAGACAAGAAACCUUACGUGUGAUGGACUCUAAAGGUGCUGCAACAUUGCAGAUUCUCAGAAGGUAUUUCACGUGCGUUCCAGACUACCUACACUCAUCUGGUUUCAAGAUACGAAUACAGUGCACUUUUAGAUUUGACUCAGAGCCAUUUAAUGAUGCAUGGGGGUUAGAUUUGCCAGUUUCAGGUUCUGAUGGGGCUGAUGAGCUGCCUGCCCUUUAUGCAGUGACGAUUACAUUUUCAUCAAGUGCACAUUUUGGGAAAAUUCCAUCAUGCCAUAUUCCUUUCAUUCUAGGGGAACCUCCAGGUUCUGGUAUGGACAUCGUCCCCAUUGAUAAUCAGAACAGGGAAGAAUCCAGUUACUGUGCUUCAGUGAUGAUAGAACUGGAACCUCAAGAGCCUUCACCUGGCCUUAUUGAUGUUUCAGUUGAAGCAAACACUGAGAACUGCCAAGUUUUAUCAGGGUCCCUUAAACCCAUUACAGUUGGUAUUGAGGACAUGUUUCUAAAGGCCAGCGUACCACCUGAUACUCCAAGAGAGGGUGUGGCUAUGUACUACCAGGAUCUGUUUCAUGCUUUAUGGGAGGCCUGUGAUAGCUCUACUAACACAGGUCGAGAAACUUUCCCUUUGAGUGGAGGGAAAGGGUCAGCUGCCAUUAACGGAACUCGGUCUGUUAAACUUUUGGAGGUAACUCCAAAGGUUUUGAUUGGAGCUGUUGAAAGAUAUCUGGCUUCCUUUGUUGUCAGUGUUUCUGGAGGUUCACUUGUAACCAUUCUGAGAGGAAACGGAGUCAUUAAGAAUGUCAUGUGGGAAGAAAAUGUCCCAGAUGCCAGUGUAGAUGCUGAUGCACUGGUUCCGUACUCACCGGACAACAAUCUCCAGCUUCAGCUCGUAGAUGACGACGAGAUUGGGGUUGGUGCUGAGAGGUAUGGCCAUGAAAGCAAGAGAGAUAUGGGAAUCAUGCGGGUCAUGAUAUUCCUACCACCCGGGUAUCACCUCCUGUUUCUGAUGGAGGUAGGCCGUGCCUCAACAUUGGUCAGGAUAAGGACCGAUCAUUGGCCAUGCCUUGCAUACGUCGACGAAUACUUGGAAGCAUUGAUUUCUUAG